UGACUCAAGCGCAAUUCUAAAAAAUCCACGAACACAGGACCAUUGCCUCACACCACAAGCCAUGUCUACGCCAGACUCAAUAUCAGACCCCCCAAAGCAGGUUCCUGUGACUGCAGGAACCCCAAGCUCCCAAGCUCCAAAGCCAUCAACACCAGCAGAGUCGUCGAAACUGAGCAAUGCGGAACUGAAGAAGCAACAGAAGGCCGAGAAGGCCGCGAGAAGACUACAGAAAAAGGGGGAUCAAGGACCAAGCAACGGACAACCAACCACCCCGGCCCAGAAAGCGCAAACCAAACCAGAAAAGCACGCGAAACCGACGCAACCGCGCAAUCAACCAGCCCCUCCCACACUCAAGCCUCCAGGGAAAGCCACGGCGACCAGACGAGGCUCGUCGUCCGUGCCGAAUGUCAUCGAUAGCGAGGUGAAGAAUGUGGCGCUCUUCAAGCACCUCUACAGCGUCCCCCGGCGGCAGCGGAUCGAAGGCGCGUCGAAAGACGUGCAUCCGGCUGUGGUGGCGCUAGGACUGCAGAUGAGCAACUACCGAAUAUGCGGGAGCAAUGCCCGCUGCAUCGCGAUGCUGUUGGCGUUCAAGGAAGUCAUUGAAUCGUACACGACUCCCGGUGGCACGUCCCUGGCGCGCCAUCUCACCUCCCACCACCUCUCCCCGCAGAUCGACUAUCUCAAAUCCUGCCGCCCCCUCAGCAUUAGCAUGGGCAAUGCGAUCCGCUACCUCAAAGAACUGAUCAUCAAGAUCGACCCCGCCGUCCCGGAGCACGACGCCAAAGCCACCCUCCUCGACGCCAUCGACGCCUUCAUAUCCGAGCGCAUCACCGUCGCCGGCACCAUUAUCGCGCAGACCGCGUCCACGAAAAUCGUCUCCGGCGACGUGGUGGUCACCUACGCCAAAUCCAGCAUCGUCAUGCAAACCCUUCUCACGGCCCAUCGGGCGGGUACCGCAUUCCGCGUUGUCGUCGUAGACAGCAGCCCCCUUUUCGAAGGCAAGCGCCUCGCUUCCGUCCUCGCGUCACACGGGCUGUCCGUCUCCUACUCGCUGAUCGCCGGCGCAUCGCACGCGGUCACGGGGGCGACGAAGGUAUUUUUAGGGGCGCACGCGAUAAUGAGUAACGGACGGCUAUAUUCGCGGGUGGGGACGGCGGUGGUGGCGAUGCUGGCAUACGAGCGGGACAUCCCGGUCAUCGUGUGCUGCGAGAGCGUGAAGUUCACGGAGCGAGUGGCGUUGGAUAGCAUCGUGGGGAAUGAACUGGCGCCGGCGGAGGAGCUGUUGGCGGCGGGGUUGUCGGUGGAAGGGAAGGAGGGGUCGAAGGGGGUGGAGGACAUGUUGAAGAAAUGGAGGGAGACGCCGGGGCUGCAGGCGUUGAAUGUGUUGUAUGAUGUGACGCCAGCGGAUUAUAUCAAGAUGGUGGUCACCGAGUUCGGCAGCUUGCCGCCCAGUUCGGUACCAGCUGUUCUUCGCAAUCUGAGCGGGAAUGGUUGAAAGAUUAUAACGUUAAAUUUAAUUUAGAGAGUUUGAGCGAGUGAUCUACACCAUCAAGUUCCAGUGCGAUACGGUCGACAUUGUGAAUGAAUGAUAUGUAAAUUAAUUAACAUCCACUGCUAGUAAACGUC